AUGGUCCAUCAUAGCCGACCUGAGAGUGCAACGAUGCUGCAGGUGAGAAAGACCGCUGUCCUCUCCACCCUCGGCCUCUUCUUCUGCUCCUGGACGGCUGCAUGUGGACUCAACGUCACCGCCAGAUGUGCUCGGGAUGCUGUGAUGUUCCUCACAGAACUGAAGAGAAAUCAACCUGACAAAUACGCAGUGCUCAUGUAUGACGCAUUCGGGAAGUUGGGCAGCGACGUCGAGGGCGGGAACGUGAACAGAGUCGGCUCUGUGCAGGAGUGUCUGUCCGUUAAAGGCCCUGGAUUUGGAGGACGAUACUGCCAGGUCUUUCUCAAACAGGGGGCGCUGGACUACUUUGUAGGUAUUUGUGUUCCUGAUUCCUGCAAUGAAGCAGACGUGAGCACGCUUAUUGUCCAUGAAGAUUUCCUACAGGGUCGGACCCCCGUCAUUCCUCUUGUACCGGAUCCGUUCACAUCAGAACCAACACUGGACUUUCUUAUGACUCAGUGUAUCAGAAAAAACAUCACACCUGACCUGUCUGCUGUAGUGUGUCUGUGUGUGUGUGUCGUGAUGGUGGCUCUGCCGCUCGCGGUGACCGUCUGGGUUGCUCUGGUCCAGUGGAAUAAAAAGAGAAAAGCCCGGUCAGAGGUUGAGCCCCUGAACUAUGGAGCGAUUCUGGUCAACAGUUCAGCCAAUCAGAGCAAAGAAUGCAUUUUACUCCAAAACACACAACAGAGGGAGCAGGAGGGUCAAGACACAGGCCAUGUGAUGUCGUUCCUGCGUUCGCUCUCCGUCCGGGUCCGUGGUCUGUGUUUCGGUGACGGGGAGUGCCACGGUGUGUGUUCCAGAAGCAGUUAUCCGUCUCUCAAUGGUGUUCGUGUUCUCAGCCUCUUCUGGAUCAUCUGUGGACACACAGUGCAGCUCAGCGCCUGGAGCGGCCUCGAUAACAGUAAGCGCUGGAGGGCGGCGGUGGAGGACAAUCCUCUGUACGUGGUGGCUUUCAGUGGACCAGUUUAUCUCGCCGUCGAUACGUUUUUAUUACUUGGGGGUCUCCUGAGUGCAAAGUCUUUUCUUGGCUGCGUCCAGAAAUCGGAUGACAAGCUGAGCCUCCGACUGAUCGCUCACUUCCUGUUUAGAAGGUUCAAGAGGAUCCAGCCGCUGCACCUCUUCAUCGUGUGUGCGAUCGUUGCACUCUUCUCCUUCCUUCAUGAAGGUCCGUUCUGGUUCACAGUCGAAGACCAAAUACUGAAUUGUAAAGAGUUCUGGUGGUCCAACCUGCUGCUCGUCAACAACCUGAUUACCAUCAAACAUACGUGUGCACCAUGGACUUGGUACCUCUCAGUCGAUUUCCAGUUCUAUGCAACGACUCCAUUCCUCAUUUUCCUCUACAGACUGAAUAAGCGUGUGUUGGUGGGCGUGGCUUUCACAAUGUUGGUGAUGUCGUGUGUUUCUAGUGCUUUAGUCACUGAGUUUCUGCACCUACCUGUUCACCAGCCCACAACACUUGAAUAUGAAAGUUACUUUGAGUAUUACUACAACAAGCCGUACACCAGAUAUGGCCCGUACCUGCUGGGCGUCCUCGCGGGGAUUUACACGGUGACCAAGAAGGAGGAUCUCAUAAAGCAGCGGUGGCAGGCGGCUUCCGGUUGGUUCGUCUCUCUGUCCAUCAUGGCUGUGAUAGUGGGAUCUGCUUACUUGCUGAGGGGUCAAGGGUCACCCGGUCACACGGUGUAUCAGGGGCUCCAUCGCUCACUCUGGGCCCUCGCCGUGGCCUGGGUCAUCCUCGCCUGUGAGCAGGGAUACGGAGGCUUUGUGAAUAGGUUCUUGUCCAUGCGUGUGUGGGUUCCUCUGUCCAACAUCAGCUUCGCCUGCUACCUCGUUCACCCUCUUCUCAUUUUACUCUACGACUCCAAACAGGAAACUCUCCUCCACUACACUGACCUGAACUUCUUCUAUCUGUUCCUGGCUCACUCGGCCCUCACCCUGGUUCUCUCCUGGGUUCUCACUGUGCUGAUUGAGAAGCCCUAUCAGCUCCUGAGCUCACCUAAAGCAUAA